CGAUCAAUGGCGUACAUGUGUGAUGUUAUAGCGCGAUGGUGAAUUAAAUUGAUAAAGCUUUCUUCUAGGUCGUGACAUUUUGAGGCAGUAAACUCCCAUUCAAAGAAAGCAGGAGUCACGAUGUGGCCCGUUAACCAGUGGCAGGGCCCAGGGCCUGGCCAAUGGGGCAUGCAAGCCCAGCAACAUUACCAAGCAAACGCAGCCGCUACUGACUGGGCAUCUCUGGCACAGGAAUGGAUCAGACAGAAAGAAGUAUCGGAUACACCACACCAACAAGUACCACCACCACACCCACAAGCAGCACCACCACACCACCAAGCGCCACCACACCUACAAGCGCCACCACACCUACAAGCACCACCACCACCACUGCCCCCUCUACCACCCCAACCCCCUCUUCCACCCUCAGAGGUGGUAUUGGAACACCCACCCCUCCCUCCUCAGAUUCCUCCAUCAGCACCAGCCCUACUUCCCCUAGACGAUGAGGGCAGCAAACAUCGACAAGAAGGUGGAGACCGUAUGAUGCGCCUACUACCCCCUCCACCACCACCCCCACAGGGCAUGCCUGAGGGCCAACCCCGCACCUCUGGUGCUCCCUCUACCAGUGUAUCUCAACCCAUUGCCUGGGACUGGAACCACCAAACACCUAGUACACAGUGGCAGCAGCAACAGCAGCAGCAGCAGCAACAACAGCAGCAGCAGCAGAACUUCCCUCCACCACCCGGCCCGCCCCCUAUGGUAGCCCCUCAGAGGUUCGACUAUGCCCAUGGAGCCGGCAACAGCAGCUCAGUGAAAAGGUUUGAGCGCCAUCACGGUAUGGAUGGGGGAGAUGGGGGAGGGGGAGGAGGGGGACUAGCCCCUCCCUUCCACCAGCAUCCCCCUCCUAUGCCUCCAGAGAGAUUUGACUACAAUCAUGGUGGGCAAAGCAAUGAUUAUCGUCAAGAGAAUUACCAACAACAGGGGUAUGCCCCCAACCAACAGCAGCAACACUGGCACCCCCCUCCACAGCAGGAUUUCUACCAGCAUGACAUGGGGAUGGGAGGCAGGGAGCGGCACCCCCAGCCCCAGCAGUACCACAGUGGUGACGGACGGGGUAGGGACGGGGGUAAGGGAUACCGUGACUUCAAUCGGAUGGACUACUCCCAUGAUCCCCAGUAUUCCCACUACCCGCCAGAUGUGGAGGAGGAAGAGCCCAACCUAGCUCUUGAUGAGCAGAAAAUCAAGCUGUUGCCUGCCUGGAUCAGAGAGGGCCUGGAAAAGAUGGACAAAGAGAAAGAGAAGAAGCUGGAUAAGGAAAAGAAAGAGAAAGAGAGAAGAGAUCGACUAGAGGCCAGUAAGAAGGCUGAGAAUGACAUCAUCAAUCAAGCUCGGAUUGCUGCUGGUCUUCCGCCAAAGUCCAAGUACGAUGAUAGUGAUGAAGAAGGAGGGGGAGGGGAUGGGAAAGCCACUGGAUUGAAAGGCCAAAGCGCUGAAGGGGAGGAGGAGGAGGAGACCUCUCUGAAGAAGAACCGGUCGUCUCCAGUUCCUGAUGAGGAAGAGGAGGAAGACGAGCCACCGUAUAUGACAGAGGAGGAAAGACAACAGCAGCUGAUGACGAAGAUCCGGAAGUGGAUGACAGAGGUCCUGCUGGAGGUGACGGGGAAGGAGAUCAAACACAUCGCCACCGAGGUUCAUAGAAAGGCUAAGCUUAGGGCAGCUAAAGCACCAGCUCGUCAGCUCUCUAAUUCUACCGCAUUGGCUUCCAUAACUGGGCUUUCUGGUCUGACAUCAUACGCUUCGGACAGUGACGAGGAUAGGAGUGACGAUGAGAGGGGGAAGAGGGAGGAGUCAGAGAGUGAGGACAGCGAUCAGGAGCUCAAGAGGAGUAUCCAGUCCAAGAAGGAUUCAUGGAGACGCAAGAAACAUGAAAACAUGUUUGCAAGAUCGGAUGACGAGAGUGAUGACGAGAGGGGAGACAGGAAGAGAGAGAAAUCCACCUCGGAAUCUACCAUCCAGAAACCCAGCUUAAAACGACCAGAUAGAGAUGAGAAAGAGGACAGUCUAGUUGCAAACGGUGGAGAGUUGGAUAGUAGAAAAGGAGAAAGAGAUGAGAGUAAAAAAGAAGGAGAGAGUGGAGAUAAGAAGAAGAGAUCUCGAAGGUGGGAUCAGAAAGAGAAGGUUGAGAUUAAGACUGAAUCAGUGAGCUCAAGCUCGGAGGACAGCGAUAGCAAUAGUAGCAGUAGCAGUGGGGAUGAGGAGGAUGAUGAUGAGGGGAGUGAGAGCAGCGAAGAGUCCUCCGAUGACGCUAAGGAUUCGGGAAGGAGGAAGAAGAGGGAGAGGAGCAGAAGCAGAGAGAGAAAGAGUAAGGACAGGAGGAAAGAGAGUGAGGUAGAUGACAGUGAUAGGGAAAGGAGAAGGGACAAGGACAGGAAAAAGAAGAAAGAUUCAGAAAGGGAUCGAGAUCGAGAUAGGGAUAAGGAGAAGGAAAGGGAUAGGGAAAGUAAAAGUGAUAGGAAGAGACAUAGAAGCAGGGAAAGAAGUAAGGAGGAUGAUAAAAAGGAUAAGAGGAAAAGUAAGAAGGACUCGGAAAAGAGCAAAGAAAAAAGUAAGAAAAGGGACAGAAGUAGUCGGGAGAGGGAUGAAGAGAGAAGUCGGGAAAGGCGAAACAGUCGAGAGAGGAAUAGGGAGAGAAGUUCUGAGAGGGAUAGAGAGAGAAAGAAGAGGCGUGAUAAGGACGAUGAUUCCAAACAUGACAGAGAAAGAAAACACAGGCGUAGUUCCAGGGAACGGGAUGAUAAGGACCAUGGUAGAAGUAAGCAUAGAGAUAGGGACCGGUCUAAGAGUUCUGAAAGUGAAUACUCGGUCAGUAGCUCCAGGGAUAAGCAACGAAGGAAGUCCAGGACUCCCGAGGGUCGCAAAUCAAAACGGGACUCGUCAAAGCGUAGUCGAUCCAAAGAUAGAUCUUCCAGUAAACGCCACAAGGAAAAGCGCAAGCGCGAUUCAUCUGAUGAAGAGGCGAGCGACCAAUCACAUCGUCGAGGCAGCAAGCACAAGAAGUCGUCAUCAAGGCGCCGAUCGAGGUCAUCAGAAGAAGAUUCCCAGCGGAGGCGCUCAAGGAAGAAGCGUCAUAGAGAGGCAAGUGAGGAUUCGUCUGAUUCUAGAGCCGACUCGCUUGAGCGGUCUCACGGAAGCAGGUCCGGUAAGGCGUCCAGUCGCAAACGAAGGUCUAGAUCAACGUCAAGGUCUCAAAGACGUUGAACGUUGAACCAUAGCCAUACUAUAGACAUAGUUGUGCAAGUAAGUAGUACAGAAGUAGUGAUAUAUCAUGAUGUGGAUAAAUUGAUUUUCUUAUAAGAGCAAGGUAAAAUAAAAAAGGUAAUACAUGUCAUAUUCAAACAGCACUGUGAAUCAUAGGCUGCAAUACAAGAAAGAGAGAUAGCAACGUAAACAAAAUAAAGAGACUUGUAAUCUAGUUUACUAAAGGGGUAUACUCUGUGAGGUAGAAGCAUCAUGGAGUUUAACGAUAUCUGUAUAAUUUUUUUGUGACACUCUGAAAUGUGUAUUUUUAGGGAUGUAUUUUUGUAUCUAAUUUGUAUUCAUUUUGCCACAAGCUAGGAAAUAUUGUCUGCAGAUGUACCCCCUCCCCUUCUUACCCCGAUUAUCCACUUAAGGACGUUCUGGGGGGGUGUUUCACAAAACUUGUCAUCAGUGACAAAUGACAGUUUUUGUUACAAGCUACUGAAAUCCUUGCUUCUGAUUGGUUAUCAACAGAUUUGUCACUGAUUUUUGUUGUUUGUCAUUGAAAAAGGCUUUGUGAAACGGGUCCCUGCAGUAGUAUCUUUGCGCCCCUUAGUGAAGCAGGGCCAGCAGGUUAUGUAUUCACCAUGCAAAAUGCCUGGAGAUCCUGAAAUUGUGCAACGUAAUCAGCUGGCCCUGUGCAGCUAUUAAAGGUGCGCAUGAACAUUAUAGCUACAUAUACUUGUUCCCUCUAUACAGCCAAUAAUGCCCAAGCGGUACCCGUUGGUCCCCCAUGGUCCCCUUUUUCUUAUGUUAAUUGAGAGCUGUCAGUGACCAUGCAGGGAGGUCUAACCCCUCCGGCCAAACUAGUGCAGAUAGGCUUUACAUGUCAUUAUGACAAGUUACGGAUGUACAUGUAAGUGAUCAUUCAUAUGUGAGAACAUGAGGGAAAAGUAUUUUUUGUCGUUGGUAAAUCGCAAUGUCUUCUCAUAUUUAUGCAAUUCAGUAUUGAUGUAGAGCUAAGCAUUUCUAAAUCAUUUUCCAAUGUGACAUAGGAAUGAAUUUAUCCAUCAUAUGAACCAUAUAAAGCUCUGUCAAUAUAAACUUGGACAAUUUUUUGAUAAAGCCUCUCAUGAAAAGGUUGUUAUUGAUAACUUUAUUUAUUUUCAAUUUUUCCGAGAGUAAAUUGUAUUGUAGUUGGUAGAGCUGUACUCCAUUA